AUGUCCGCGCCUCGAGUUUUCAAGGGUCGCGAAGAGGAGAUGACGAUGGAACAGCUCGCGGCUUCGAGCGCUGCAGCAAAGAUCCAGUCUACCAGCGGAGGCUCUGAAUUUGAGGAUUUACCCCUGAUCAAAUCUGACAUUACCUCCAGUCCAGCUGUCAAUGCACGGCCCGUCGCCUCUGAGACCAAGAAGCGCAAAGCAGGUCGCCCUCUCAAGGCGAGUAGGGCUGUCAAAAAUCUCACAUUGGCCGAAAACCCCGAGGUCGCGGUCGGAACUUCGCAGAGCGCUGUCCCAUCAGCUGAGAACUCGUCUUCCUCGCCUUACGCGACUCCGGACUCUCCUUCUCUCAAUAGGCGAAAAGUUCUCAAGGUCGGCGAAUACUUUGAGAAUGUGCCUAACCAGCGAGCGACGCCUGUGACUCGGAUGCAAUCAUCUGCUCGAGAGCUCAGCCAAGGUGCCAAUGUGUACAACUCCGAUGACGAUAUGAGGGACGACGCUAUUCCUGAGCCCGUCUCAGUUCCUACCCGGCGCGGUCGCCCACGAAAGAACCAGACACCCAUUCCAGUCAACACAACUGGUAAAGGCAAGUCCAAAACCAAGCUGCCUCGGCUCGUCUCCCGGCGCUUACUCCCCAGGCGAUACGCAAAAACUAACCGACGUGGGAUCAUAGACUCGGUUCGAACCACCCGUGCCUCUGCUCGCAUUGGUUCCGAGAAAGCUGCUCCUGCCAAAACCCCUCAGGUUCAGGCUGUUCCCACUAAGAGGGCUUCUUUAUCUUAUGGCCGAGGUGUUGGUCGUCUCAAGAAGACUCCCCGCAAAGGAAAUUCGGGCACCCCGCAGUUCACCAGGGAGGAGUAUGUCGUGGAGAAGAUCGUCGGCUCCCGCAUCGACCCCAUCACCAAAGAGCAGAUGUAUAUGGUGAAGUGGAAGAAUUACGCCGCGAAGGACAACACCUGGGAGCCGGUGAAUAACCUUGGAAAAUGCAGUUCACUUAUCAAGACAUUUACCGACUCUCAAAAGUCAAAGGGAAAGAGAAAGGGAAGGAAGUAA